CAGAUCCCGAGUGGUGGUGUGAAGUGUCUGACAUUGUGUACAGUUUAAUCCAGGGCAAGCUGCUCCCAGGGUGUUCAGUGCUGGUGACCACCCGUCCCACUGCGUUACAUUUAUUGGAAAAGGCAGAGAUCAGUGUCUGGGCUGAAAUCCUGGGAUUGUUUGGUGAGGAAAGGAAGGAAUAUUUCAGCAGGCAUUUUGAAGAUCAGACGGUGGCGGCAGCUGUUUUCAAAUAUGUGAAGGAGAACGAGAUCCUGUACACCAUGAGCUACAACCCCUCCUACUGCUGGAGUUCCCAAGACCAUCACCCAACUGUACUCCUACUAUAUUUACAACAUCCUGAAAAACCACGGCCGUGAGAUUGAGAACCCCCGUGAUGUGUUACUCAGGGUUGGUCAGAUGGCCUUCAGAGGAGUGUCCGAGAAGAAGAUUGUGUUUACAGAUGAUGAUUUGAUCAACCACAAUCUGCAGCCUUCCCAGUUCCUGUCCGGGUUCCUGAUGGAGCUUUUGGAGAGAGAGGAUUCUGCCCGGUGUGUGGUGUACACAUUCCCACACCUCACCAUCCAAGAGUUUGUAGCUGCAGUCGCACAAUUCCUGAAUCCACAUCCCGGGGAUAUCCUGAUAUUCCUCAAUGAAGCCCACAACACGACAGAUGGACGAUUUGAGGUAUUUCUUCGUUUUGUUGCUGGUCUCUCCUCCCCAAUGACAGCUCGGGGCCUGGAAGAGUUUCUGGGUCCAUUUCCUCAUGAAACAACCUGCCAGGUGAUUGACUGGGUGAAGGAGGAGGUUAAACACCAGAGUUCAAACACAGAGAGUGAAGCUGGUAAAAGGAGCCUCCUGAACACAUUGCACUAUCUGUUUGAGUCUCAGAAUCUUGGACUGGCUCAGGCCACACUGGAAUCAAUGGAAUCACUUUCAUUCCGUGGAAUGACACUGACCCCGAUUGACUGCGCGGUCCUGUCUUAUGUCAUCGGACUCCGUGACACAAUAAAACACCUCGACCUGGAGUACUGCCUUGUUCAGAGUGAAGGAAUCCAGCGGCUGGGACCCGGGCUGCACAAGUGCCAGGAUUUGAGACUUGCGGGGAAUGAACUGGGAGAUUCAGGAGUGAAACUGGUGUCUGCGGCUCUGAGGAACCCGGAGUGUAAAAUACAGAGACUGGGGUUGGACAAUAUCGAUCUCACAGUUUCUGGUGCCGAGAAUCUUGCCUCUGCUCUCAAAACAAACCGAUCACUGAUGGAUCUGAACAUGGGUCGUAAUAAACUGGGAGAUUCAGGAGUGAAACUGGUGUUUGUGGCUCUGAGGAACCCGGAGUGUAAAAUACAGAAACUGUGGCUGAGAGAUAACAGUCUCACAGAUUCUGGUGUCGAGGAUCUCGUCGCCGCUCUCAGUACAAACCCAUCACUGACGGAGCUGGAUCUGAGUGAAAAUAAACUGGGAGAUUCAGGAGUGAAACUGGUUUCUGCGGCUCUGAGGAACCCAGAGUGUAAAAUACAGAAACUGGAUCUGUACAAUGUCGGUCUCAGGGAUUCUGGCGCCGAGGAUCUCGCCUUCGCUCUCAUUACAAACUCAUCACUGAUGGUGCUGGACCUGGGAUUAAACUCGCUCACAGACAGAUCUGUCCCGGCUCUCCGCCGCGUCAUACUGACCCUCCCGAGUCUGGGGCGGAUCGGGCUGCACUGGAAUCGGUUCAGUCCAACAGGAGAGAGGGAACUGAGAUCUCUGCAGGAACCCAGACCAGGACUGAGAGUGGAGUUGUGAAGAUCUGAAUGUGUGAUCAUCCCUGCUCGCUGGAUGAGGACAUGUUGGCCGAUUUCCUGCAAUACACGUUUAAUUUCUAACUGUUCUAACAGAUCCCUGCUUCAGCCGAGCUCUCUGUGAUCUCAGAGGCGGUGCCGCAGUGACAUGAUUCCGUGUCCUAUCUAGUUCAAACAUUCCUUAAUUUACAUUUGUCAUGAUGAAAUCAAUAAACUGCUGUAACUUCCUG